AUGCACAUUUUGCAAGAGACAGCAGUUGGAUACGCACUCUUUAAAAGUAUGCCGCUAGAGAUGGAAGGGAUAAGAAGAUUCAAGGACUCAAAGGACGCUGUGGAUUCUGUCGAAGGAUCUGCGCUGGGCCGCGUUCCAGAAGAUCUUAUUCAGCUGAUUAUGGAAAAGGGGAUAAAGACUCUUGGGCUGUCAAAUUCAAAGCUUGCAGAGCCAAUAGAAGAAGAGCUGAAAAAAAAGGGAUACCAGAUAAAAAUAGCCUCAGGCGAAGAAGUUGAAGAGAAAACAAAGGAAAUACACAGCAGGCUGCCAGAGCUGCUGGAUGUCUCAGAGAAAGAGCUCAGCAGAUCUUCCCUGCUCUUGGCGCAUGCCCUGUGCAGAGAAAAGCUCAAGAUGACUCCGCUAAAAAAUGAUAUGGUCAUCGUUCAGGCGAUCAAAGUCAUUGACAGACUGGACAAAGACAUCAACAACAAGUGCAUGAGAAUAAGAGAGUGGUACGGAAUGCACUUCCCAGAGAUAGGAGAGCUGAUUGAGGACAACCAAAAGUAUCUUGAAAUAGUAAAGAAGCACGCAGAGUCCCCUGAGUCCCUGGCUGAGGACAGCAGUGUGCCUGAGGAGAUAAAAGAGUGCCUGGAAAAGACAAUAGGAGGAGACAUCGCCAAAGAAGACAGUGAUCUCAUACAAGAGUCAGCUGCCACCGUACUGGACAUGUAUGCAGCACGAGAGAAACUGCACGAGCACUUAUACAGCAGAAUGGAGAGUGUUGCGCCAAAUGUCCUGGAGCUGCUAGGAGCUCUCCUCGGGGCAAGGAUCAUAGCCCAUGCAGGAUCGCUCUCUGAGCUCUCAAGAAAGCCUGCAUCCACCAUUCAGAUGAUGGGAGCAGAGAAAGCCCUUUUCAAAGCUAUGAAAGAGAAGAAAAACACUCCAAAGUAUGGGAUAGUGUACAACUCAACGUACGUGGGGCAGGUGCCUGCAGAGAUCAAAGGACAGGUUGCCAGAACACUCGCUUCAAAGAUAGCAAUUGCCAGCAGGUGCGAUGCGUCUGGAGAGGAAGAGAAAGGAGACUACGGCGUAAAGGCAAGAGAAGAGAUAGAGAAAAGAAUAGCUGCACUGACACAGAAAAAGACCAAGUCAAAGAGCAUGCAGCCCCCACAGGGCAACAAGUUCGUGAUGAAGAGGCCAUCAACUGCCCAGCAAUCUUUCAAACGACAAAAGACCAACAAAUAA